GACGAAUCCGUGAACCACCUGGACUUGAACGGGAAAACACGGACACUGCGUUUGAACAGACUGAGCAUGCUGAACCUGCACCGGAUGAUUACAGUCCUUCUGUAGCUGAAGACGUUGAAUCACUGAAAUCACUGCCUGAAGAAGGGAAUGGCGUCAGACUGCCUGCCACUGAACGGAUUAGAAGUCCAAAACGUCAAACUGAAGAUGACUUGUCAGACGAAGACAUUCAGGAAACCCAACGACAAGCCAUAGGAGCACUGACAGACCUGACUCAGUUCACUGCAUGCGUUUCAGCCGUGACUGUUGGUGACACGGUGAUUCCCGUUGAAACAAACGAAGACACUGAAGAGAUUAAACAGGAACCCGGUCUCACUGAACCAUGUCUGAUGCAUGUAGAUCCUGAGUUUAAUGAAGAUGAGCUGAAGGAAGGAAUGAUGACCGAGAUGUCAUUCAUGAGAGGUUUCGAUGUUUUUGAUGAAAAUCCACUGGAACAUUGUUCACAAGAUGACAUAGACAACGCGGCAGACUGUAGAUGGGUGAUGCGCAGGGAAACGCCGCAUAAGGUUCUUCUGAAUGUAGAAGGUGAACUGAAACCACAGACUUCCUUCAACUUUCUGGGAAGGACACUGAGACACAACGACAAUAGCAUUGACAUCACUAUGCCCACUUCGCGCGUGAAAAGAAAUGCUGGAAGACCUGUGAGCACUGCCGGAAGCAUUGCCAAGCCAAACUUUGAGCUUUCGCGAGAUUUGACUGCACCAACCACUGAGAGUGACAAGGCACUAGUGAGUGAAGCACUCUUUGUUCGAAACCUGGUCAUUGAAGCAAAACUCGCCAGAUGGCAACUACUGCUGCUGCUAGCUCUGAUGUUCACAGCCUCGCUGUUGAUAGACUGUACUGGAUGGAGUGCUGUACUUCAGGUCACUGAUCUGUUGACUGUGCACAUUGAGAGUCAACGGCAGAUGUCUGCAUUCAACGCUGUGCCUGACUUCGAGCUGACUGGCACACUUGAGAUGCAGUGCACUUCACUGUGCAACCAGAUGAUCACUUUGAGGAACCGCUGUGAGAAGACUGCGCUGACUUCCACUUAUCCUCACUGGCGGCCACGAGUGAUGACUGCUGGAUUGCAGACUGCUGGUCUUUACUGUCUGCGUAUGGCACUGCCCAAUGACAAGUGCAACCUGUGGUCGCUGCAGUUGGUGAGAUCCCGUCGCACUGCGAGUCACUGGGAAGAUUUCACUGGCCCUGAGGCGCCCGGCCUCACUGGAGCUACACUCGCACUGAGUAUGAGCUCUACAGCACUGAUCACUGGACGCACUGUGCACAAUGCUGAUGCUGCGGAGACCUCCGCCAUUGAAACUGGGCACCGUCGACUGUUGACUUUCAAUCGUCAAUGGUUGGAUCACUGCCUGUCCACUGAUUCACUGGAUGAGGACUUUGUCUUCACUGCAUUCCCACCGGAUCUCCUUUAUAGCACUGACGAUGAUACCACUGAGAACACUCAGGCUGUUGUCUCAACUGGCACUGCCAAGAAGUACAAGAUCACCGUUGAUGGGAUCACUGAAAGCAUCGCUGUGGAGAUGGAAGUUUCUGAGAACUGA